GGUUUUGUUGAGAGUUUCUUGCAUAUAAGGGGAACUACAGCCAGUUAUCAAGAAAUACCAGGAAAUACGCCAAAGGCACAAUCAACGAGCUAUUGAAGUGGACUUCUGCUCUUUCAUACAGUUAUAUUCGUGGUGACAGUAGUCUGUCCAGAAACAAAACCUUAAAAUAUUCAAGUCAUUCUCCCCAUCAUGGAAGGCUCAUUUGUUGUGCCCAUGAUCGUGUUUUUCGCAGUGGCCGUUUCUGUGUUGAUCAUCUUCUACUGCGUGGCCAAAAGAUUAAUAAGACAUGCGCAGCAUGUGCAGUCAAAUACUACAGUCACGACUACACAUCACCCACAAUACUCAUAUCAACAGCCUUUGGCUAAUAACCUACAGCCAGCGUAUGGGGCACAUCCCAUUCUGACUGGACCAUAUCAGCAAACUUAUGUCCCGGGACCACCACCCACAUAUCAGGAGGCGGGUCUGUUUCCUGCUCCCUUCAGCCAGGCUGCAUAUGACGGUGGUCAGAUCAUGUACCCUCCACAAGCACCGGUUCAACCAGCGCUUCCCACAAACUACACUUCGACUCAAGCCCCACAGAACCCUGAUUAUGUGGAAUCACCAAAGACCAGUUAGCCACGCCCCCAAAAUGGGCUGCUAUCAAUGCUGGAUCACAGAGAAUUGUUAGUUUCCACACUGCUUUGCUUUUGUGAAUUGUGCAUCUACUACAGACGCUCGUAAGACUGUGUUGAGAGUAAAAGUAUUACUGUCAUUCAUGUACAUUUGCCAUUUCUAAGUUAAUACUUGCUUUCUGAACUUGUUUUCUAUUUACUCCAAUGACCCGCUGUUUGUUUGUUUCUCUUCAUUUUAACCUAAUAUGUGAGUGUAAUUUGUUUAAAGGUCAAUAAAUGGCAUCUUAAACAAAACAAAAAAAUUUAAGGUCAAAAGUUGAUGAAUCAUUUCUACGAAAUCAUGUGAAAACAGUCCUUUGUACACUUUUAUUGUGGUUUUGU